GAAGGGUAGAGAGCUCGUAGGGUUCUAGCAAGUUUUGUGUUUUUUCACGUCGUUCGAUUUGUGUUGCAGAUAAUUUGUUGGCUAUGGCGAGGUCGCUGCGCUCUCUUGCCCGCUUGGCCGGCGCUGCCCGCGUCUUCCAAAACGGUCUUAUCCAACAUCCUGUGCCGUUAGCGCCGCUGAGUUCGUCGACGCAGCUGGAAGCUUCUUUUGCCCGUUCUGGCGCCUCAGUCCGGUUCAUGAGCGACGAUCACACAGCCAAGUGGAUGCAGAAUACCCAAAGCAAAAAGUCGCCCAUGGAGUUGAUUAAUGAAGUACCUCCAAUCAAAGUUGAUGCUCGCGUUGCUGCUUGUGAAGGAGGGACGGAUCCUGCUUUGGGUCACCCGAUAGAGUACAUAUGCCUAGAUGGGAAAGGUCCACACGUGUGCAAGUACUGUGGUCUUAGAUAUUAUCAAGGGAAUGUCCAUGGGCACCAUUGACAUUGAGAACAUUUUCUUUUUCCGUUCAUAAUUUGUCACAUCAAUCAUGCACUUGGUUUCUUUUUUACAAUUUCAGUUGUCUGGGGGUUUUGACAUGUAAUGCGGCCCCUGUAUGCAAUCUGAAAUGUGUAAACUGGUAAACUAGUUAAGAAAAAGUAAAGUGGGCAUCGAUUGCUGAUUUUGCAACGUUAGGUGAAGCCCUCAGCAUAGGUGGGGGAAAUGGAUCACUCACUUCUGUCACUGUCAGAUUGGAGACUAACCUCCUGACAUCGACUUCCUGAAAAUGUGUAUCAUCUGUGGUUGUGCCUGCUCUCCUCUACACUCGGUCAAUCACAGUUGGCAGAUGUACAGGAACAGCAAAACAGCCAAAGGAUUUCAAAUUGAGUUCGUACACUCUUCGAUGUCAGCUUA